ACAAAUUAAAAAAAAGGCUCAGCCCUUUUUCUUCUUCUUUUUUUUCAUUUUAAAUUAUUCUUCUUCUGCUUCUGCUCUUCAUUUCUCUCCAGGUUCAACUUGGCUUUGGUCUUUCUUGUGAAGAGUUACGAUGAUGUUUAACGAGAUUGGGAUGUGUGGAAACAUGGAUUUCUUCUCUUCUGGAUCCCUUGGUGAAGUUGAUUUCUGUCCUGCUCCACAAGCUGAGCCUGAUUCUAUUGUUGAAGACGACUAUACUGAUGAUGAGAUUGAUGUUGAUGAACUUGAGAGGAGGAUGUGGAGGGACAAAAUGAGGCUUAAACGUCUCAAGGAACAGGAUAAGAGCAAAGAAGGAGUUGAUGCUGCCAAACAGAGGCAGUCUCAAGAGCAAGCUAGGAGGAAGAAGAUGUCUAGAGCUCAAGAUGGGAUCUUGAAGUAUAUGCUGAAGAUGAUGGAAGUUUGUAAAGCUCAAGGCUUUGUUUACGGGAUCAUUCCUGAAAAUGGGAAACCUGUCACUGGUGCAUCUGAUAAUCUCCGGGAGUGGUGGAAAGAUAAGGUCAGGUUUGAUCGUAAUGGUCCUGCCGCUAUUACGAAAUACCAAGCCGAAAACAAUAUCCCGGGGAUUCACGAAGGUAACAAUCCCAUUGGACCGACUCCGCACACCCUGCAGGAACUUCAAGACACGACUCUUGGAUCGCUUUUGUCGGCGUUGAUGCAACACUGUGAUCCUCCUCAGAGACGGUUCCCUUUGGAGAAAGGAGUUCCUCCUCCGUGGUGGCCUAACGGGAAAGAGGAUUGGUGGCCUCAACUCGGUUUGCCUAAAGAUCAAGGUCCUGCACCUUACAAGAAGCCUCAUGAUUUGAAGAAGGCGUGGAAAGUCGGCGUUUUGACUGCAGUUAUCAAGCAUAUGUUUCCUGAUAUUGCUAAGAUCCGUAAGCUCGUGAGGCAAUCCAAGUGCUUGCAGGAUAAGAUGACUGCUAAAGAGAGUGCUACUUGGCUUGCCAUUAUUAACCAAGAGGAGUCUUUGGCUCGUGAGCUUUAUCCUGAGUCUUGUCCACCUAUUACUUUGUCUGGCGGAAGUUGCUCGCUUCUGAUGAAUGAUUGCAGUCAAUACGAUGUUGAAGGUUUUGAGAAGGAGCCUCACUAUGGAGUGGAAGAGCUCAAGCCAGAAAAAGUGAUGACUUCUUCUAACUUUGGGAUGGCUGCUAAAAUCCAUGACUUUCCUGUCAAAGAAGAAGUCCCUACAGGAAACUCGGAAUUCAUUAGAAAGAGGAAGCCGAACAGGGAUCUGAACACUGUAAUGGACAGAACGGUCUUCACCUGUGAAAACCUUGGAUGUGUGCAUAGCGAAAUCAGCCGGGGAUUUCUGGAUAGGAACUCAAGAGACAACCAUCAGAUGGGUUGUCCACAUCGAGACAGUUGCUUACCCUAUGGAGCAGCAGCAUCCAGGUUCCAUGUCAAUGAAGUCAAGCCUGUAGUUGGAUUUUCUCAGCCAAGGCCAGUGAACUCGGUGGCCCAACCAAUCGACUUAACAGGUAUGGGAGUUCCUGAAGAUGGACAGAAGAUGAUAUCUGAGCUCAUGUCUAUGUACGACAGAAACGUUCAGAGCAACCAAACUUCUGUGGUCAUGGAAAGUCAAAGCGUGUCACUGCUUCAGCCAACAAUCCAGAAUCAUCAAGAACAGCUUCAGUUCCCAGGAAACAUGGUGGAAGGAAGUUUCUUUGAAGACCUGAACAUCCCAAACAGAGCAAACAACAAUAACAGCAGCAAUCAAACGUUCUUCCAAGGGAACAACAACAACGGGUUUAAGUUCGACACUGCACAUCACAACAACUUUGAAGCUGCACAUAACAACAACAACAACAACAGUAGCAGUAACAGGUUCCAGCUUGUGUUUGAUUCUACACCGUUCGAUAUGGCGUCAUUCGAUUACAGAGAUGAUAUGUCAAUGCCAGGAGUAGUAGGAACGAUGGAUGGUAUGCAGCAGAAGCAGCAAGACGUAUCUAUAUGGUUCUAAGACUUGGUAGUAGAUUUCAUCUUCUCUUAUUUUUAUCUUUUAUGUUCUUACAUUCACUCAACCAUGUAAUAUUUUUCUGGGUAUCUCUCUGUCACUAUCGCUUGUUAUGUGUUUGUAAGAGUCUCUAAAACUCUCUGUUACUGUGUGUCUUGUCUCGGCUGGUGAAUCUCUCUCACUAUCUGUUUCUUUUAGUUACACACCCAACUUGGGGAUGAACGAACACUAAAUGUAAGUUUUCAUAUCAUAUAUAAUAUAAUAUAUAUUUGCAAUU